GGGAGGGUGUGCGCGUGGCCGGCGAGGAAGAUUAUCGUGUUCGUAUCGUAUUUGUGCAAAUUGAGCGUAUUACGUGCUACCUUUGAUUGUAUAGAACUGAGCAUAGGCGUUUGGAGGUCUGUGGAUCAUCUGUUAAAUCUGACUAAGCCUGUGGCGGCAGCCAGCCUGGGGACAUGCGGUGACGUCGCGAUGACGUCCCACCAGGAGCCGGGCGGCGGCGGGUGGGUGGCCGCCGGCCCGCCGCCGCCGCCGCCCCCGCCCACGGCCGCCAACAUCCAGUACUGGAAGCAGCAGCAGCAGCAGCAGCAGCAGCAGCAGCAGCAGCAGCAGCAGCUGUGGUACGAGCCGCCGGCGCCCGAGCUGGCCGCCAGUCCGCCGGAUGCGGCCAACUUUGUGACCACCGUGACGGUAGCCGGGUGGCCCGGCGGGGGCGGCACGCCCGGGUCGCCGCGCUGUGAGUCGGCUCGCUCGGACGCUGCCGAGUCGUCGUGCAGCUCUCUGAGCCAGGAGAGCCUGUCUCCGCCGGCGCGCGCUGCGCCUCCGCCCACCGAGCUGGCCGCUGUGCGCUCCGUGACGGCGCCGGCCCGCUGGAACCGAGUCACACGCAACGGCCUGGUGGUCUACGUCAGGUGA